CCACUUCACCCGACAGGGGUUAGACGGAUGGUCAAGCAAGGCCAGGGAUGGCCCGGCGCUCCAAGGUCACGAUGCUGUGCAGAGAUGGACCGAACCAUGACGCCCCAACCAGCACAAGGCAUCCGUUUUUGAUUUCCCUUCUUCUUUCCCAUUCCCUCGAGCCUCGGCUGCCGUCAUAUCUGUCUCCGUCUGUCCCCCUGGAAAGCGUUCGUCCUUGUUGCCCUCAACAUCCUCCAAAACAUCGAGAUCCUCGAACCCAGCCGACAUCGCCAUCUCCCCUCGACUUCCCUGCGGUUACUCCCGGCCACUACACGGAUCCGUACACCGUACCGCACCCGCCCGCCCUGCCAUCAUCCGACUUGCAGCCGUAUUUUUCCCACAACCCAAUUUGCGCCCAGAGCAUGCGCGACUGAGCAAGCUACACCCUAAUAAGAUCCCGAGUCUGGGCUUUUCUUCUGCGAGAAGGCCAUGAAUGAUAGCCUGAUCGGGCAGAUGGAAGACGAAUAAUUGACUGUUUUUGAUCGCCUCGCCUUUUGGACUGUACAUCCCCACACCAAAGACUUCAUCAUGUUGUUAUAUACCAGACUCGCGCCACCCAAGGUUCCCAAGAAGCGCUCCCGCGCAGGAUGUAGUUAUUGGUGAGUACCUCUGGUUCCUAUCAUGACAAAUUGACGCUGACAUGACACCCUCGACAGCAAAGAA